AUGGUGCUUUUUACUUUUCUCAAUUUUGGGGGGAGAUUUUUGAAGGGGAGAGAUGUUGGAGGUUUGUUAAUUUUAGUUUAUAGCAAAAGUCAUUUAGAGAUCCAUAUUAAAACAAAAUCACAAUUAAUUAAAGGUUGCCUCCAAAAUUGUCGUCAAUUUAAAAAUCAUAACCAAAAUCUCCCUCUCCCACAAAAAAACAACAAAUAUAAAAGGAAAAGUCCUUCCCCCAAUCUAAACCUCGGAAAAUGUCUCUUCCAAAACUACCCAAAAAUCCUUCACAAAAAGUUAAAAACACAACAAAAAUAA